GGAUGCGAAGGCGAUGGCGUGCGCGGCGCGCGGCGUCGACCCGUCGACGCACCGCCUGCUGUUCCGAGGGAAGGAGCGGCGGGACUGGGAGACGAUGUUCGAGGCGGGGGUGCGGCACGGGAAGCACAUGAAGGGCAUGAUGCUCCUCGAGACGGAGGCGUCUCUCCGCGCGCGCCACGAGGCGGACCAGAAGCGGCAGAUGGAGGAAGCGCGGCUCGCGAGGAAGGAGAGUUACGAGAGGGAGGCGAGCGCGAGCGCGAACGGUCCGGGGAAAAACCUCCCGAGGGGGAAGAGCAAGCGAGGAGAGAAGAGCCCGCCGCCUGAUCCGACGGCGGCGGCGUUUCGAGCCGUCGACGGCGUCACGGACGACGUCGACGCGUUGGAGCGCGAGGUGAACGACGCCGCGCGCGCCGCGUCGGAGAGUGGACUCGAAGAGAAGACGCACGCGGGGCUGAACAACCGGCUGGAGAAGGCGUUGCUCGCGUUGGACGGCGUGGACGCUAUGGGCAACGACGAGAUUCGCGCCGUGCGAAAGAGCCUCGUGGGGCGCGUCAACGGGCUCUGCGAAGCCCUGGACAUGGCGUACAGUAGGUACGGGCGCCCGUGACGCGAUUCGAUGACGCGAGGCGGGAGUAGAAGAGACGGACGGACGGACAAUGUGCGUUGAAAUAUAAUGGGAGAAGAGAGCGAUG